AUGUCCUUCUAUAAUAAUCAGAGUCAGUAUGGCCAGCAAGGAAUGAAUGCAAAUUCCGGGCAAAAUAACCAGGGACAGAACAGUAUGUUUGGCAAUUCCAUGCAGCAGCAGCCCAAUACUGGGUUUGGAAGUGCACAGCCAUUGAACUCUGGGCAGAACAGCAGUACAAGUCUUGUGCUGUGUAACAACUCCAACACAGCAGGAAAUACAUCAAUGCAAGGGAGUGGUAGCACAGGCGGGUUUGGCACGAACCAGGGAUAUACGCAAGGAAACAGUUUUGGAAGUGGCUUUGGAAACAGCCAAAACACGGGUGCAUUCAACAGCACAGCAUCGCAGGGCAUGGGAGGAUUUAGCAGUGGGCUUAGCAACAUGAGUGGCAUGGAUAAUAGCACAGCCCAAGGCGGAUUUGGAAACACCACAGGCAGCGGCAAUGCAUUUGGCCUUGGUGCAGGACAAGGAACAUCUGGGGGAUUUAGCAACUCCAUGAAUAAUAGCGGGCUAGGAGGCCAAAUGAACAGUGGCCUGGGAAGCAAUGGCAUUGGAGGAAACCAAAGUUUAUUAGGCGGCAGCUCUGUAGGUGGAAGUCAACUAGGCGGUGGAAUGAACAGUGGAAUGGGCAUGAACACUGGCCUAGGACUGGGAAUGAACAGUGGCCUAGGAAAUAACAGCAUGGGAAACAAUUUAGGAAAUAAUAGCACAGGCACAGGAAUGGGCAUGGGAAGCACUUUAGGGAAUAAUAGCAUGAAUACUGGAAUGGGUAUGAAUAGCAUGGGCGGAAUGAGCAGCGGCUUAGGAAACAAUGGCAUGAACAGUGGCCUGGGAAUGAGCAACGCCUUAGGAUUGGGAAGCACUCAAAUGUCUACAUCAUUUGGAGGAAGCAUGAAUGCAGAUGCAUCGCGGUCUCUUGGGGGAGGACUGGGAAGUGGAUUUGGAGCAGGGAUGUCAGGCCUUGGAUCGUCUAUGUUUAAGCCAAGCACAGGAUUUGGUUGCAAUCAGUCUUCUUCAAACAUGUCAAAUACCUUUAUAAACCCUACGCUAAAGAAUGCCACUGGCUCAAUUGAUGACGUUCAAUGCACAGUGGACUACUUGGAAAAGGCGUAUGAUAGAAACAGCGCUCUGUACAAAUUUGUCUAUACCUUCUAUAAUAUGGCAGACUCUGCUUUCCCCAACGUGCAAAGACCGCACAAUGUGUCAGUUGACGUGUGGAAUCAGGCAAUGAGUCUUAACCCUGCGCCUGGCUAUUUGUACCCAGAGAUAGUUUUCGGGUAUGAGGGUUUAGAGUCUCGGUUGGAAAAGCAAAAGGAUGUGAUUGAAAAGCUAAAAACAAGCAGACGGUAUCUAGGUGACAGACUCAAUGAACUAGUGGAGGGAGGUAUUCUACGACUAACAAACAAACUAACCAGCAUAAAUGAAAAGUAUAACGCACUUCUGGUUGAAGUGCUAGAGCAGGCUGGAAGGGCUCUUGGGCCUGAAAUAAAGAGCGUAUCCUCGCAGUACAGCCAACUAGAGAAAAGAGCAAAUCUAUUAAGCGACGGCCUGGCAUCUUUGGCUGAGAAUGCAAUAGCGUACAGAAGAGAGUUUAAUCUGGAAAAAGCAAAACAAACUGCAUCAAUACUUGAAGAGCAGAAUAAUAUUCUCAAUAACAUGCUUGCAUCUGUAAAGAAGAAGCUGGCUGAAUAA